AACAUGGUUGAUUAGCCCCCUACCAGGCUACCACGGUUCGACUCCUGACCGGUCCCUCUCUUUUUUCUUUUAUUUUUUCGCUCUUUAAAAACAUAUCCACUGGAGUCUGGAAUCUGGAUCUCCCAGAAAUGAACGCUAUCUCGAACUCUUCCACUGAUUUUAUGGAUGACGGCGCAAACGGAAGCGAUUCGGAGACGAAUUCCGAUGACACGCCGGAGCACUAUCAACCAAUCUCGGCCGUCGGUUACGAUGACGACGAGGAUUCCGAUCGAGGCAGCUUGGACGAAGACCGGCACCACGGCCUCACCAACGGCGCGUACUACACGCGAUCCGAAGAAGCGGCGGAGAACGGGAUCGCGUCUCUUCAAGUAAACGACGACGUUGAGGAGAAGAGCAGUGAGGACGAGGAGGAGGAGAGGAUGGGGCCCAUGCUGGAGGCUUCGGAUUCGGACAUCCUGAGGGCUUUCAGAGAGGACGAGAGUCGGAGGAACGCGCCGCUGACGACGGAGAACGCGACGCGUGUGAUGGAGGCCAUGCGUGGAGUUUCGUUCGGUGGUGUGGCGCCUGAUUGGGUGGGCCAAGUCCCCGAGGAUCAGUGGAUCGAUCGCCUCCGCAGACUCAGGCAACCACCGCAACGCACUUCAAGUUCACUUCAUAACUGAGAGAGAGUGAGAGAGGGUUCUCUGUAUUGGCUUGGAGUUUUCUUUUUCUCUCUUUUUAAACUGAUUUUGUUUCGGAUUGGAUCAGAUUUUAAGAUCUGGACGAGUUUAUUAAGGUUCAAAGAUCCUUUAUUCUA